CUGAUAUCUCACUGCAUACAUAGCUGAUACGCCACCUACUGCAAAACUGAGCUGACAAUCCAUGCAAUGCUAGCAGCACUUCCAUUCCAUCACCGUGCUGGAGCUGAAUAAAGGUGCUUUUAAAACAUCUCUUUUCAAGCACACAAGAACAAGGCAAGAUAGCUGUCUUUUUAACUUGGCUUUAAGAAUGGAGCGAAAAAUAAACAGAAGAGAAAAGGAACAUGAAGAAAAGCACAUCAACUCUGAGGGUACUGAAGAAAGCAAGAACUGUAAAAUGCCUCUGAUUACUCUCAAUGUUGGUGGAUACCUGUACAUUACACAAAAACAAACACUAACCAAGUACCCAGACUCUUUUCUUGAAGGUGUGGUAAAUGGAAAAAUCGUCUGUCCAUUUGAUGCAGAUGGCCAUUAUUUCAUAGACAGGGAUGGACUCCUUUUCAGGCACAUUCUGAACUUCCUACGAAAUGGAGAACUUCUUCUACCAGAGGGGUUUCGAGAAAAUCAACUUUUGGCACAAGAAGCAGAUUUUUUUCAGCUUAAGAUGUUAGCUGAUGCAGUGAAAUCAAGGUGGGAGAAAGAACAGACAGCAUCCAGAGAGACUACUUUCCUGGAAAUAACUGAUAGCCAUGACCGUUCACAAGGUCUUAGAAUCUUUUGUAAUGCUCCUGAUUUCAUAGCAAAAAUCAAAUCUCGCAUUGUUCUGGUGUCAAAAAGCAGGCUGGAUGGAUUUCCAGAGGAGUUUUCAAUAUCUUCAAAUAUUAUUCAAUUCAAAUACUUCAUAAAGUCAGAAAAUGGUACACGACUUGUACUGAAGGAAGACAACACCUUUGUCUGCACCCUGGAAACUCUUAAGUUUGAGGCUAUAAUGAUGGCUUUAAAAUGUGGAUUUAGACUGCUGACCAGUCUGGAUUGUUCCAAAGGGUCAAUUGUUCACAGCGAUGCACUUCAUUUUAUCAAGUAAUUACUUCUAUCACCAGACAAAGGCAACAAGCACGCAGCCAGUAAACCUCAUUAAACUACAGCAUCCAGACAUCACAAAUAAUGUAUCUAACUAGCCCUGUACACAGAGCUCUGCUGCUAAUGAAUUAAUGUGAGCUAAUGGUAUGUAAAUUCCAUAAUGACAUUCAUCUCUGGGUUAUUUAGGCUGAACAAGUAUCUUAUGUUUAAAUUUAAUAAAAAUGUCUGCUAAACAUUGUAAAUACAGAUUGAAUGCUGCUACUAUUUGCAUAUAUUUUUCCUUCACGUUGUCUUUCACCCAGAGAAUCUAGCUGAAAUGGUUUGUGUACUUGUGUGAUUAACAUGCAUACACCUUAUUGUUCAGUUGAACAGUGGUGAAAGUAUUUUCAUAUAAUAUGCAAGCUUGAAACAUGUUUUGCUUAUGACAAAAUUCACACUGGAUUUUAACUGGAAUAAAACAUUUUGAGUGUUCAUUACAGUUUCUGCAAAUCUAUUCAAAGCUGAAUUAUACUGAAAUUACAACAAUAGAAGACUCCAAAAGGCUGUAAACGCCAACAAUUUGAUUUUAAAAUUAAACAGAUUAUUUCAGAGCUCGUGUAUUGGAAUCAUCAAAUUUACAGGUACAUCAUUCAUUUGCUGAGAAUCCCUGAAAAAAUGCCUCCAAUAACAAAAGCCAAAUAAUGCUAGUUUAAUUUACUUUACUUUUUAUUACAGGAAAUAUGUGAAUGCAUAAAGGUAGGUAGAGAACUAGAUAUAUUUCAAAAGUAUAUAUUUUGAAUGGUUUAUUCAAAGGUUUUGCAUAAAAUUUAAUGUAUCAGGUUUUCAAUUACAUAUUACAUUCAAAUUUUGAAGUUGACAUUUUCCACUUGUUGUUGCUGUUCAUAAAGAGUGGCAAAUGAACAGAUCUAUUGCUCUGUAUAAUGUAUUACUAACAGUAAGUGGAACUUUGAAUUCUGAAUAGAUCACCUGCUGAUAUUUAAAAUGCAUUAAUGUAAGGGGCAGAUAAAGCAUUUCUCUCCCUUCUCACUUCCUUAAUAUUUAUCCAGUUCUUUCUUUCAUAUACAAUUUUUAGUAAGGGAACAAGUUACAUCAUCCACAGUGCAACUAGAAUUAAUAAAUCCAGAAGUAAACAUUAGUUAAAUAUCUGUCAAUAAGAAAACUUGGACCAAACACAACCUUCAUGUAAGCAGGUGCAAUUCCUAUUCACCUCACCUUUGGGUCAGUUGGAGUUGCACCAGCUUAUGCAAGGUCUGAAUUUGGCCCUUUGACUCUAUCAAUCAUGCACCGUUCAACUGAAAUCAACUGUGAAGAAAUUGAUGCUCAUUAAAUUUUUAAAAACAGUAGUUUUUUACUAAAUAAGACUGGAGUUCUUCGCUUUAUUAGUAUAAAAAAUGAAUUCUACAUAGGAAAAAAUAAAAAAAGUUUUCAUUCAAAAUAGGAUUCUCACUACACUAAAAUUUCAGUCAUGUUGAACAACACGACUGUCACCAGACAAGCUUAAAGCACCAUUCUGUCUUGGAUUUUAGACAGGACCAAUCCAAUUUUUAACAAGAAAUGGGAAUACACUGUGUGUCUAUCCUGCAACUUGGAACUGUACUUCAACAAUAACUGGGAAUAACUGUGUGUCUCACUAGACAUAAUUUGCAAUAUAGAGAGGACUGAAAUUUCCAGACAAGAAAACAGACACACUUAAUGACUCAAAAUGGUAUUUCCAUGUGGGAAAAAACAAUUUUUUAAUUGAAAUCUCUCUGGAAUUCCUCCCCAAAAUGCAUAAGAUCACCACUCCAAACCAUUCAUUUUUCUAUUUAGCUUCUAGGUACAACACUCAGGAAUAAUUAUAGCAAAGUGGUAUGUGGGAAAGUUACCAUUUUAAACUGAAGUAGUUUCUAAUCUAUCACUACACUGUCAUUUUCACAAAAUGUUUUCAAAUCAGUAUACUUUUCAAGAAACCUCAUUAGCCAUUAAAUUAGUAAACAUAGCGCUGUCAAUGACUCCUGUUUGAAGUGAAUGUGAAAACUUACAUGCACCAAGUUUGAUACAGUACAACCUCAGAGUUACAAACUGACCGGUCAACCAUACACCGCAUUUGGAACUGAAAGUACACCGUCUGGUAGCAGUGGAGACCAAAAAAAAAAAUUUUUU